CUAGCUAACAGCCAGGUGCUCAACGGGGUUGGCAUCAGAGGGGAAGCACUCUCUCGAGAUCUCCUGUUUGCGUGGCCCCUUGCUGCCCUUCUACCUUUGCCGCGGAGCACGCUCCCCUCUACGCUUCGAAAUCCUUGGACAAUACAUACCCCGCAAAAGGGCGUUUUUUAUCGGCACCCACAACAACAAACACAGCGGCGGUGACCGCAGGAGAGAGGCACGAGCCGCAGCCGCGAUCGGUAGCACGAGAGCCUGAGCUACAGAGGGCACUGGUGUCGGUUGGUUCAGCAGGAGACGGGAAGGAGGGAGGGAGGACUCUCGUCUGCUGGUACAGGAUUGAUUGCGGACCGGCUGUUGAAAUCGCAGGAAUAAGCCGCUUACUGGUUGUACAUAGCAUACGGUACAGCACCAACACGCCAGAUCCGCUCAGGAUUGUAGCCAAGCCAAGCGCAGACAGACGCUACUUGGUGCUGUCCGAGAGGAACAUGUCCAUGGACGAGGUAUUCGUCGACAUCCAGCAGGAUCAUGGGAUGCCUGAUCUGCAGAGCCUGUGCCACCAAGAUAUUAGCAAAACUACCACUGGAGCCUCGAUGUUGCCUGAGGAGGAGCUUCAUGUAGAAGACGACCCGUCGUCGCUGUUUCUACAGCAACAGCAGCAGCAGCAGCAGCAGCAGCAGCAGCAGCAGGACGAGCAGCAGCGUAUUCAGCAACAUCUACAGGAGCAGCAGCACCAGCAGCUUCUCCAGCACCAGCGCCUCCUUCAGCAGCAGCAGCAGCAGCAGCAGCAACCUUCACGUCACCAAAAUAGCGAACUCAACACCAGCAACAGCAGCGUGAUGAACUCCGCAGCCGAAGGCGUUACUCUCGGGAAACGAGGCGCCGGGGCAACAACACCACCUGCUAUGGCUGCUGCUGCGGUGGCGGCAGCGGCGGCGGCGGCGGCGGCGGCGGCAAUGAAGAACGAAGCUCGUUGGAACGUGGCGGGGGCGGCGGCGGCGGCGAACGCGGCGGCGGCGGUGGCGGCGGUGGAGCAGGAACUGCAGUGGGGCAUCUCGCGGCCUUUGGGGAAGAAGCGGCCCGUCGGCACCCGAACCUGCCAAUACGACGGGGGGUGCAGUCGGCGGCCGAGCUUCAACCACCCGGGUAGGAAGGCGAUCUUCUGCUCGGCGCACCGGCAGCUCAACAUGGUCGACGUGGCGCACAAGGCGCGCUGUCAGCACCCGCAGGGUUGCAUCAAGCACCCUGGGUACGGCUACCCCGGGAAGAGACCGACGCACUGUGCGGGGCACCGGCUCGAAGGACAGAUCGACAGGAAGCGCCGGAAGUCCGCCCCCGCGCCGCCACCGCCCCCGCCUCCGCCUGCGGCACCGGCACCCGCACCGGUAACACCGGUAGCAUCGGCGGUACCGGCGGUACCGGCGGCGGUGGUGUCACCUUCACCGGGCGGCGGCGGUGCCUCGGCGGUGGAGGGGGCAGCGGUUGCGGUAGCGGCGGCGGCGGCGGUGGCGGAGGAGGUGGCGGCGGCGGCGGCGGCGGCGGAGGUCAGAAAAGGCGGCGGGGCAUUGAAAAAUGUAAACGGAACAGCAAUGCCUCGACGGUGAUGGUUUUGCGUUCCUUUGGUUCGAAGAGAUAAAAUAGUUGGUGGGGGGCGGUGUUUUUUCUGUUAUUUUGCGGAAAUAGUAAGAAUGGGGAGGAGUUUAAAGGGGGAAUUCGACGGUAGAACGGGGAGGGGUUUAAAGGGGAAACGUGGCUUUCGCGCGUUCAUGUUGCACUUCUUUUUGUCGUGUUUUUGUUGAUAUUUUGCACGCGUCUCUGGAAAAAAGGCCGGCAUCGCAGCAGCUACAGGGGAGCAUGAAUUAGAAUGUAUACUAUCUGUGUACUACUGUUGCUGCACAAGGCGGGUUAGGAACAACACCACUGAUGCGCGCGUUAAGCAUCUACGUGGCAGUCACGAUUGCGUCUCUGCAACGCUGCAACGUGUUGGUAGGAUGAUUCCUCACGAAAACCCAAGAAUUGGGUUUGUGCGUGUGACCCGUGGUGGCCUCUUGCCACCGGAGCACAUACACAGCCUCCGUGGGAUCCGUCGCGAUGAGAGGCAGGGAGCGGGGCUCAUGUUCGAUUUUCCUUGUAUUGGUUCGGCGAUUACUGUGCGAGGUAUGUGACAAAAGCGGUGUGUUUGAUGUUGGUCGUCGGUGACCGCGCUCCGGGC